UGUGGGUCUGUGGAGAGGAACCGUUUCCUUCUCUGAGGCGCUAGAGGGAAACUUAGUGAUGGGGAAACGUAGGAGCCGGAGCCGAAGCCAGAGCCAGGUGCUGGGUAGCCUCAGUAAGAAGCAGAAGAAACAUCUGCGGGACUUCGGGGAGGAACACCCGUUCUACGACAGGAUUUCUGGAAAAGAAGCAAAACCUCAAAUCUGCAAGCUGUCAGAGAAUUCAGAUCGUUCAAGUUCAGAGAAUGAUUCAGACAGUGAACCAGAAAAGAUCUCUGAAUAUCACAAGUUACUUGCCACCUUGAAGAACCUUUCAGAGGAGGAAGAAGAGGAGGAAGAAGAUGAAGAGGAAGAAGAGAGUGCUAUAGAAGAGGCAGAAGUAGACAGUGAAGGAGCCCAAAGUGACAGCAGUUUGGAGGAAGAGGAGCAGGAAGAAGAGGAGGAGGAAGCAAACAUGGCCCUGUCUGACACUGAGGAUAAAGAUGGGGAAGUACCUUCCCAGCAGAAUGCUACAGAGAAUGAAUUCACGGAUAGGAAACAUGAAUCAGAAUUCAGCCUGGAAACCAAUUUCCUAGAGGAAGAAAGUGGAGACCAUAAGGCCCUUCAGAAGGAUGGCGGCUCUGCUGUGAAAGCCUCAGAAGAUCCAUUUUUACAACAUAUGAACAAAAAACUGAAAGAAAAAGAAAUCCAGGCUGUCCCCACAAACCCUAAGACUACCCAGCAACUAAAAUGGUCAACUCUGGGUCAACUUGUCUUUUCAACCCAAUUUCAAAUGCUGGAGACCUUUAAGCCUCCAAAGGACAUUGACUUGAUGAGUCUUCAUCUGCAGAAGCCCUUGGAUUCCACGUGGCCCAAAAUAAAUAGCCAGUUCCUGUCUGGCCCCCCAAAACCAAGUGGACCCUUCUCCCCACUACAGAAAGAACUCUUCUCAAUCAUGAACUCAUACCGGGACUUGUUAUAUCCAGAAAGGACAGCAUUAGGGAAUGGGGAAGAGAUCCGUCAUGUGUACUGCCUGCAUGCCAUGAACCAUGUUCUCAAAGCCAAUUCCCAGGUGCUCACCAAUAACAGCAAACUCCGAAAUCAGAAACCAAGGGCAGGUGAUGAUGAUGAGGACGACGAUCUCAGAGACCAGGGGCUUACUCGACCCAAGGUAUUAAUUGUCGUUCCUUUCCGAGAGGCUGCUCUCAGAGUGGUCCAGCUCUUCAUCAGUCUCCUAGAGGCAGGAAGCAAGAAGAAGAUAGAUGUGAGUAACAAAAAACGUUUCAAAGGAGAGUAUGGAUCUGACCCAGAUGAGAGACCUCCCAAUCUGAAGAGGCCUGAGGACUAUGAUGCAGUGUUUGCUGGCAACAUUGAUGACCACUUUCGGAUAGGAGUUGCAGUUCUUCAGCGAAGCAUUCGACUUUAUGCUCCAUUUUACUCCUCAGAUAUUCUCAUUGCCUCACCUCUUGGUUUGAGGACCAUUAUUGGUGCAGAAGGAGAAAAGAAAAGAGAUUUUGACUUCUUAUCUUCCAUAGAGAUUCUCAUCAUUGACCAAGUUGACAUUUAUCUAAUGCAGAAUUGGGAACAUGUCCUGCAUUUGAUGAAUCACAUGAAUUUACUUCCCCUGGACUCUCAUGGGGUGGACUUUUCCCGAGUGCGCAUGUGGAGCCUGAAUAAUUGGUCCAAGUAUUACCGGCAGACGCUGCUGUUUGGUGCCUUGCAAGAGGCCCAAAUCAACUCAGUCUUUAAUAAGUACUGUGUCAAUUAUCAAGGGCAGGUAUCCGUGAGGAGUAUCCCGAUGACUGGCUCCAUUAGUCAGGUCCUGGUGCAGCUCCCUCAUGUCUUCCAGCGGCUAGAAGCUGAAAACCUCCUUUCUGUAAUAGAUGCCAGGUUUCAGUUCUUCGUGGAUAAGAUUUUACCUCAAUAUCAAGAUGCAGUUAUGUCUCACACUCUCAUCUAUGUCCCAUCCUACUUUGACUUUGUGCGACUCCGAAAUUAUUUCAAAAAGGAAGAAUUAAAUUUCACCCACAUCUGUGAAUAUACAGAGAGGUCUGGUGUCUCUAGAGCCAGACACUUCUUCCUCCAAGGAGAACGUCAAUUUCUGCUUUUUACAGAACGGUUCCACUUCUAUAAAAGGUACACAAUAAAGGGCAUCAGGAAUCUGAUUUUCUACGAAUUGCCAACCUAUCCCCAUUUCUACAGUGAAGUCUGCAAUAUGCUGAAAGCCACUGGUGGUGGGGAGGAAGCCACAUGGACCUGUACUGUCUUGUAUUCAAAGUAUGAUGCCCAGAGAUUGGCAGCUGUGGUUGGCAUGGAGCGGGCAGCGCAGAUGCUUCAGUCCAAGAAGAAUGUUCACCUCUUUAUUACUGGAGAAAAAUGAGUUAGACUUUGGUGACAUGGGGAUGGAGUUAUGUAACCCACCUGAUGACCUGGUGCUGAAUGGAUGUGGUUCUGAGAAGUUGAUCUUGAAGAAGACAUCUGACAGCUUCAUUCUGUGCCUUGAUACAUCUAAAACACUUUGCAUGAAAAGUCUUUGUAAACUGAAUUUUAGUAAAUCAAAGGCUAUUUUAAAUACUUUGGGGGAGCACAGGAAGACAAGUUAAAAGACAUUUAAAAGAAGUGUAAAUUGGAAACUUUUUGUAAAUCAUGGACUAUUUUUGUAAUCACUAAUUUGAUUCAAGUUGGUAAGUUUAUAUGUUUUGUCUAGCAGGCUUUCACAAAAGAGGGCAUACCUGUAAUUGGUCGUUCCAUUCAAUGAUAAGGCACAAAGUGACUGGUGAUAGAUAACCCUUCGUUAUGUGUGAGGUAGACAGGUGGAACAGUUAGGCCAGGGCUCCAAGUUCAAGUCCUAGGAAAGUCACCUAAUCACUGCCUGCCUCAGUUUCCUCAUCUGUAAAUUGAUGAUAAUGAUAGGAACUAUCUCCUAUGGUGGUUGUGAAAAUCAAAUGAGAUAAUUUUCAGUUCAAUCAGUGUUUAUUAAGCACCUACUAACUGGUAGGUGCUGGCGAUAUAAAAAAGAAAAAGACAUCUCAUGCCUUCAAGGAGCUUAAGGUCUACUAGGGGAAGACCACACACAAAAGGAUGCCAGAAAGAGGAGGGAGAAGUUUCCUGGGACAGAGAUCUUGUUCUCUGGAGUUGAAACAAAGCAAAGCUGCAGAUGGAAAGUGACUAUAUUUGUAAAAUGCUUAGCGCGGGUGCCUCACACAUAGUAGGUGCUUAAUAAAUGCUCAUUUCCUUCCUCUACUUUUUUUGUAUGUGUAUAGCAUUUUUAAAAAUUGUUGUUUACAACAUUUUCCCUUCCCAGGUACAUAUCUCUAGCCUUGCCAUCAAGAGGAUUGUUCCUUGUAACAAAUUAUGAUUAAGCAAAACCAAUGAAUCCACUGGGCAAGUACAAUAAUGUAUGCCUUAUUCAGUACUUUUAAUCCAUGCCUGAUUCAUCAUUCUUCUGAAAUCAUAAUAAUCACUGCAUUGAUCAGUGAUGAUAUUUUUCAGUACCUUCUUUUACCUUACUGGGCUCAUAUAAAUCACUCUGGUUCUACUUACUUCUCCCUGCCUCUCUUCAUAUAAGUUUUGCCAGACUUCUCUAAAUAUUAGGUUGUUUUUUUCACCACCACUGUAGGAAGUAGAUGCUCUUAUUAUCCUCAUUUUGCAGAUGAGGAAACUAGGGCAGGCAGUGAUUAAGUGAUAUUGCAUUCCUUUGCAAUUUUUUCAACAGUUUCCCAAUUGAUAAGUAUCCACAUUUCUUCUAAUUCUUUGACUUCCUUAAAGUUCCAACUAAAAUACUACCUUCUAAAGAAAGCCUCCCCUACUCCUCCUCCUUAAUCAUUUCCUAUUUAUCUUGUACAUAGUUUGCUUUGUAUAUAUUUGUUUGAUUAUUGUUUCCCUAUG